UGAUUUAUUAACUACAUAAGCGCCGCUGAAAACAUUACGUCGCAACUGGUCCGACGUUUCCUAGAAAAUGAAGUUAAAGGUUAAUACCUUUUUGCUUUGAAUCAUACUGGGAUGUUUACUGAAACUGAUUGUUGUGUCACUGGAUUGCAAUAUAUUUAAUGUUGUGAUGUGCUGGAGUCACACAAAGUUAGAAAAAAACGUUUACGCCAAAUCUUGCAUCACUGCAUUCCAACAAUGACAUGAUGGCGUUAGUUCUCCAGAUUGAGUGUUAGCAGGUGACGUUCAACAUUCGCCUUGUGGGAACACCUGCGUUAAUCAGUCGCGGAUAACCUGCAGUUAACGACUCAAGGUGCUGAUGAUGCUGUAAUGCGCGCGCCGCGCAGUCACUUCACGCGGUCUCACGUCGUGUUUGACGAUCGGUUGGCGUGUUUUUCUUUUUUUUCCAGUAUGAGGGCAUUAGUUUUAAAGCGGGUGGUCCUGGUGUUGGGGGGCUUUGGGCUGGUCUUCUACUUAAGCACGUUUCUGAGGAGCACGCAGGAACCUGCUGACAAAGAGCUGGAAGAACCGCGGAUUAUCCGCUUUUUCUCGGAUGUGCAGAAAAACAUCAGCGAUAUCUUCAAUGUACUCCAAGCUUUUGAGCAAAAGCAGAAAAUCAUGCAGAAAAUGCUUGACGAGGACCAAGGUGAUCAGAGAGCAGCCGCGGACGUCAAAAAACAGCCGGAGCAACCUUCCGCAGAGAUUAAAGACCAACAGAAGCCCCCCAAGGAGAAGAAGUCAAACAAACUGUUCCCAGACUCAGCCCUAUUCAAGCAGUGGGGGGAAAACCUGUCCGAGGACGUCCAAACGGAGGCACAGAGUUUGUAUUUGAAGUACGGAUACAACGUUUAUCUCAGCGAUCGCCUUCCUCUGGAUCGAGCUCUUCCAGAUACCAGGGACAAAAGGUGUAUGAACAAGAUUUAUCCCAAGGACCUGCCAAGUUUGGGUGUGGUGUUGAUCUACUUGAACGAGGCCUUGUCUGUUAUUAAAAGAGCUGUGCGCAGCAUCAUCGACCGCACAUCGAAAAACCUACUGAAGGAAAUAAUAUUGGUGGAUGACAACAGCUCCAAUGAUGACUUGAAGGAGGACCUUGAUCUGUACAUGAAGAUGAUCGAGCAGCAGAACCCGAGUCUCCGAAUUACGAGGGUGAGGCACAGUGAGCAGCGAGGUCUCGCACACGCCAGAGCUUCUGGAUGGGAGGUGGCUACGGCUGACGUGGUGGCCAUCCUGGACGCGCACAUCGAAGUCCAUGAGCUGUGGGCUGAACCCCUGCUCACACAGAUCAAAGGUGACCGGACGGUGGUGACGUCCCCCGUGUUUGAUAGAAUCAACUUUUAUGACCUCAAGGUGAUCAAAUACCAACCAGCAUCGCACGCAUUCGACUGGGCUCUAUGGUGCAUGUACGAGGGCUUUUCAGACGACUACUACAAACUCCAGGACGCCUCGUUGCCAGGGAAAAGCCCAUCUGUCAUGGGGAUCCUAGUGGCUGACAGGAAGUAUCUCGGAGAAAUUGGAGUCAUCGACAAAGGCAUGAAAGUAUACGGUGGAGAGAAUGUCGAGCUGGGAAUUCGUGUGUGGACUUGCGGAGGAAGUGUAGAAGUAGUUCCAUGCUCCCGGAUCGCUCACAUCGAGAGGGCACACAAGCCCUACAUGCCCGACCUGAGCCACGCCAUGAAGAGAAACGCCCUGAGGGUCGCGGAAAUCUGGAUGGACGAGUACAAACACAACGUCAACUUGGCUUGGAACUUGCCAUUUGAGAAUCACGGAAUUGACAUCGGGGACAUCUCAGAGAGGAAGAAACUCCGGGAAACGUUAAAAUGUAAACCUUUCAAAUGGUACCUGGAAAACGUUUAUCCCAAAUUGGAUCCCUGGGACAACAUAGUUGCUUAUGGAGGACUGAAGAAUCUUGAUGCUGAAAUGUGCUUAGACCAAGGCCCAGUACCGGGCAACACACCCAUCGCCUACAACUGCUACUACUAUGGACCUCAACUCACCUACUAUUGCUCAAACGGUGAGCUUUAUAUCGGCGGCAUCAAGUCCCACAAGUACAAUGACAACCGUUGUGUAACUGAUGUUGGGAAAAAAGACACAGAGCCUGGCCUUUACAAUUGCAAAGAGGCUAUGCAAAAAGGGAUGGGGAUUUACUGGGACUUCACUCAGGGCAAAGAAAUGAAGAACAGAGACUCAAAAAAAUGUCUGGAGAUCAAAAAGGGCAAACUUCUAAUACAAGAGUGCUCUGGUCAAAGAUGGGAAAUCCAAAACAUAAUCAAGCCCUUUUAACAGAGUGUCUGUGGCCAUCCAGAAGUGCACUUGUCUUUCUAUAUAUGUUUCUAUAUUAUUCUGUUGCCUUUUUUAAAACGUGCUUUUAUGACAUACCAUACUGAGUGGUCAAAUUAUUUUAUUUUACUAUAAUCUUUUGCUCAUGAUAAAUAAAUUGAUCAAUUUCAUUACAUUAGGUGUGAUAAAUAUUUUGUUCACAUGGUUCUGAAUAAACUUGUGUUUCAUGAAAGCACCUUUCUCUGAAUAUAUAAUAAAAAAUAAUGAUUUGUCUAAAUAGUCUGAUGAUGGCUCUCUACAUUAGUCAUAGUCACAAAGACUCAUGACUACCACAUCCC